GUGGGCUGGACCGUGAGUUGGAGAAAGGGAAUGUCGAUCGGUGAGAGAUCGGUUACAGAGGCGGCCGGGAGCGUCAACAGAAUGGCUCAACAGAAGAACCUUGAGGGGUACGUGGGAUUCGCAAAUCUCCCCAACCAAGUGUACAGAAAGUCUGUGAAGCGGGGCUUUGAGUUCACUCUCAUGGUCGUCGGAGAAUCAGGUUUGGGGAAGUCUACACUCAUCAACUCCCUGUUCCUGACAGACUUGUAUUCUCCAGAGUAUCCCGGACCCUCUCACAGAAUCAAGAAAACCGUUCAGGUGGAGCAGUCUAAGGUGCUGAUUAAAGAGGGAGGAGUUCAACUGCUGCUCACCAUCGUUGACACGCCAGGGUUCGGAGAUGCUGUGGAUAACAGUAACUGCUGGCAGCCCGUCAUCGAUCACAUCGACAGCAAGUUUGAGGAUUACCUCAACGCAGAGUCACGCGUCAAUAGACGCCAGAUGCCCGACAGCCGAGUGCACAGCUGUCUGUACUUCAUCGCCCCCUCUGGUCAUGGACUGAAACCACUGGAUAUUGAGUUCAUGAAACGGUUACAUGAAAAAGUGAACAUCAUCCCACUCAUCGCCAAAGCAGACACACUGACUCCAGAGGAGUGCCAACAGUUCAAGAAGCAGAUAAUGAGAGAGAUCCAGGAACAUAAGAUCAAAAUCUAUGAGUUCCCAGAGACUGAUGAUGAGGAGGAGAGCAAGCUAGUCAAGAAGAUUAAGGACCGUCUGCCGCUGGCUGUGGUGGGCAGUAACACCAUCAUCGAGGUCAAUGGGAAGCGUGUACGGGGCAGGCAGUACCCCUGGGGUGUGGCAGAAGUGGAGAAUGGGGAGCACUGUGACUUCACAAUCCUUCGAAACAUGCUCAUCAGAACUCACAUGCAGGACCUGAAGGACGUGACCAACAACGUCCAUUAUGAGAACUAUCGCAGCAGGAAACUGGCCGCUGUCACUUACAACGGCGUCGACAACAACAAGACCAAAGGCCAACUCACAAAGAGCCCCUUGGCACAGAUGGAGGAAGAGAGGAGAGAUCAUGUGGCGAAGAUGAAGAAGAUGGAAAUGGAGAUGGAGCAGGUGUUUGAGAUGAAGGUCAAGGAGAAGAUUCAGAAACUCAGAGACUCUGAGGGAGAGCUGCAGCGACGUCAUGAACAGAUGAAGAAGAACCUGGAGGCCCAGCAUAAGGAGCUGGAGGAGAAGAGACGUCAGUUUGAGGAGGAGAAGGCCAGCUGGGAGGCCCAACAACGCAUGCUGGAGCAGCAGAAACUGGACGCUUCCAGGACCUUGGAAAAGAACAAAAAGAAGAAGAUCUUUUAAACCACUCGGACCAUCACCGCAUCCUAGUUGCCAACUGAACCAGCCGGGACCCUCAGUCAGUCUAUCGACCAAAAUCAUACGUUUAUAUAAAGCCCCACGUUUUUUUAAUUUAGUUUAUCUAGUUUUUUUUAGUGGGGACGCUGUGUCUCUGCACGCCCCACUUAACUCUGUCCACCCAUUAGGCUGUUUUUCCACAUCUAACGCGUCGGUUCAUUCGCCAGACCUCACAGACACCGAAAGCGUUGUAGCGCGUCUCAUCUAAAACAAGCAAAACACACAAACUUCUCCGAGAUAUGCAAUAUUGUUUGAUAACCUCUUAGGAUUUUGAAUUUGUCAUGCGUCAAAUUCCCCUCAUGUACCGCGUCUUUGUUUAGCGUUUUUAGAUCCGAGGUCACUUCCUCCUCCUGUCCAUCUGCAUAUUGAUUGGCCACGUCAGUAAUAAAGGCUGAAUCUUACCUCAGGCAUUUCUGGCCUUUAAACAACGACCUUUUUGUGGCUUCUUCUUCUUUUCCCUUCCUGAAAUGUUAAGCUCUUCCAAUAUUUGUGUAAUUUAAAUUAUUUAGCCAUGGACCUUAGCCAUUCAUGAAUUUUUUUUUUUUUUUUUUUUUUUUUUUUUUCAACUAUUAUUUUGUCAGUUUGUUUCUCAUAUUCCAGUUCACUGUUUUUUAAGUGCUUGCACAUCUACACAUCCUUUAUGAAUGUCACAUGAUUUGUCCAUGCAUUCAUGACUCCUUAUGAGGCGUUUGUAAGUGAUUUGUUGAUACGGCUGUGUUUCAUGUAAACUGAUUCAGGAACAGUGAGCUGGCCUUCUCGGCCACUGUUUUUCUCUCUAUAGGCACGAGUUCCCAUCAGAGCUGGCCUCCCCGAUACCACACUUAGCUCUCGGUCAUGUAUUUCUGCGACUUUUUUUAUAAUUUUGUUUCUCUUUGUUUUGCUUUUUCAUUUUUAUUGUACAAAGUCACAUAAUAAACUUGUGAUGAUGCCA